AUGCAUAUAUCUGGUACCGGAUUGAUGCUAUACACCAGUUUCUCCAUAUUUUCCAAAGAGUUUGGGCAUUUGUUGGCAGCGUUCUACUGUAGCUCAUUUGGCCUAUGUGUCCUGUUCCUUUCUGCCCACUUUUUCUAUAGAUACACAGCAGUUUGCAGCCCUCGAUUUCUGAGAAUGUUGGACGGUCUGAAAGUGUUCCGCCUGCUGAUACCAGUGGUCUUCCUGGGAUUGGUGAUGUUUUUGGAUAUUUGUUGGUUUGGAGAGCCGACGGAUUUCAAGUCAGAGUAUUUGAGAGAAAGUCUCAAAAAGGAAUACAACGAUGACAGCUUUAAAGUUGGUCAGAUUGCUGCUGUCUUUUAUACUCACUCCCCAUCCGGAUCCCUCCAAAUAUUCUGGAAAGACUGCAUUGGAAUGCUUAUAGUAUGGAUCAUCCUAUUCUUCUCUAUCUCCAGUAUAAUCUAUUUUGCUGUCAACACAUUCCGCACCGUUUAUCACCAUACAAAACUUCGAAAAUCGAAGAAAAACUGUGAAAUUCAUCGGCAGUUAUUUCAUACCCUAAUUGUUCAGUCCUUGAUCCCCACUUUUAUUUUAUUCCUCCCCACUGGAUUCCUGCUAACCUUACCGUUUUUUGAUGUGAAGGAAGUUGGAAGGAUAGCGAAUACUCCGGGGUUCGGAGCAUGCUUCUACCCGGCUCUGGAUGCUCUGACGGCUAUUAUUAUGAUCAAGGAUUUUCGACAUGCCUUCUUUUGUUGUUGCCGCCCUCGAAUCCCCCGAGUCCGCGUGUCGUCGAUUCCCGAGUCAAUGUUUACUCAUUUACAUAGCUAA